AGAUUAGUGGAAAAUUCCACAGAUUUGGCCAGGAUGAAGAGUCGGAGGAGCGGGCUGCUAGAGAGCUCCCGCACGUUGUACUCCAGCAUGUCCCGCAGUAUUGAGUUGUCACUGGAUGAGUUAGAUGCUGUCAAAUUUAUUCAGGAGAACUUCAAGAAGAGGGAGUGCAUAACAUACACCAAGGAUUCAAAAUCACAAGAUGGCAUAUGUAAAUGUGGGUACUCCAAGAUACAACAUAUUGAAGGGACUCAAACCAACCAGAAUGAUAAGUGGCUUUAUAAGAAGCACACAAAAGAGCUGCCUACAGAUGCAUAUGGAGAUAUUCAGUUUGAGGCAUUUGGAAGAAGAGGAAAGUAUAUUCGCUUGUCCCGGGACACAACACCAGAGACAUUGUAUGAGCUCAUGACAAAAUACUGGCAGCUUAAAACACCAAACCUCAUCAUCUCUGUGACGGGAGGUGCCAAGAACUUUUCUCUGAAACCAAGAAUGCGAAAGAUCUUUAGCCGUCUAAUCUACAUCGCACAGACCAAA